AGAUGCACUUCAUCUCAUCUUCUAGAUUGUUGAUGAAGAUACCAAACAAAACCGGCCCCAGGAUUGACCCCUGGGGCACUGCAUUUGAUACUGGCUACCAACUAGACAGUGAGCUAUUAACUAUUACUAUCUGAGCCUGAUGAUCCAGCCAGUUUGAUAUCAAUCUUACAGUCCAUUCAUCCAACCGGUACUUCCUUAGCUUGCUUGUGAGAAUGUUGUGGGAGACCAUAGCAAAAGCCUCGCUAAAAUCAAGGUAUAUACCACAUCCCACUGGUCUUCCUGCAUCCACAGAGCCAGUCAUCUCAUCAUAGAAAACAAUCAGGUUGGUCAGGCAUGAUUUGCCUUUGGUGAAUCUAUGCUGACCGUUCUGAAUCACUUUGUUCUCCAAGUGCUUAGAAAUGGAUUCCUUGAGGAUCUGCUCCAUGAUUUUUCCAGGAACUGAGGUGGGGCUGGCUGGUUGGUAGUUCCCCAAAUCCUCCCUUUUCCCUUUCUUAAAGAUGGGCACUUUAUUUUCCCUUUUCCAUUCAUCAGGGAUCUCUCCUGAUUGCCAUGAGUUUUCAAAGAUAAUGGCCACUAACACCGUAAUCACAUCAGCCAACUUCCUCAGCACCCUCAGGUGCAUCCCAUCUGCACCCAUGGACUUUUACACCUCCAGCUUUUCAAUAUAGUCCUUAACCUUUUCUUUCACAACUGUAGGCUGCUCACCUCCACCAAGCUGUGCUGCCAGGUGCAGUUGUCUGAGCUGACCUUGCCUGUGCAGACUAAGGUGAAAAAGGCAUUGAGCAUUUCAGCCUUUUCUGUAUCAUCUGUCACUAGGUUGUGUACCCCAUUCAAUAAGGGACCCACAUCUUCCUGGUCUUCCUCUUGUUACUAACAUACUUGCAGAAACCCUUCUUGUUACCCUUCAACGUCCCUUGCUAGCUGCAACUCCAGUUGCGUUUUGGCCUUCCUGACUUCAUCCCUGCAUACCGGAGCAACAGUCUUAUAUUUCUUCGUACUUGUUUGUCCGAGGUUCCACUUAAUAAGCUUGCUUUCUAUGAUUUAGCCUACUGAAGAGUUCCCUGUUCAGCCAAACUGGUCUUCUGCCAUACUUGCUAGUCUUCCUAGACACUGGGAUGGUUUGUUCCUGUAUGCUCAGUAAGGUUUCUUUAAAUUACAGCCAGCUGUCCUGUGGACUCCUCUCCCCUUCCCUGCCCAUGAGUUCCCUGAGCAAAUCAAAGUCUGCUUUUCUGAAGUCCAGGGUCCUUACUCUGAUGUUCUCCUUCCUUCUGUUCCUCAGGAUCCUCAACUCAGUCAUAUACUUUCUUUUAGGUAUGAUGGAGAGUUCUUCUCUGGAAAUUGCCCUGGAAAAUGAUACACAAGAAGAAGGAAAGCUUUAUGAAGUUGAUUCCUUAAAUAACCUAAACAAACUAAAUGUUUGUUCUGAUGGAUCUCAACACCUACUAAACCGGGAAGAGGAGAACACAGGUGAUGGUUGGAUUACAUGGAGUAGCAUAAGAAGCCAAUGUGUGUUCUUCGUUACAUUGAUCAUUACAUUGAUUGUCAGUUUGGCACUUGUUUCAUUUGUAAUAAUCUUAAUAAUUCAGACUGGAAAGAAGAUGGACCAGGUGUCAAGCAGUCUGGAGUUUGAAAGGAAGAACAUAGAAGAGCUUAAGAAAAUAAACGAUUUGCUGUUAAAACAUCUAAACCAAUCUGGAAUCAUGGAGAAGAAAGGAGAUCUUGUUACAGGUCAAACCCCAUCAGUUCCUGUUCUUCAUGAGCAUUGAUUUACCCACUUGGAGCUGGAAGAAAACAGGGCAGCAACCAUUCUGUGCAAUUAAAUCUAUUUUCAGUCUAUACAUUUACUUUAAUUUGGUCUUCUGUGCAGCCAGGUAGGUUACUUAACUAUUCUGGCUCAAUACGCUUCCUAACCAUUAUAAGAGUACUAGAAAAACAUUUGGAAGGGAAUGGAUCUGUGCAAGCUGCUAUUACUACUGCAUAAAUGUAUAGUCAAUACCCCUUUUGGUUUGUUCAAACUUGAUGCUAUGGAUACUGAAGACAGCUCUGUAUGAGUAAAGUAAGGAUUUGUGCCCAAAUUUCUAACAUUUUCUAAAUUUAAAAUAAAAAAUUGUAAUU